AUGUCUGGUGGGACGAACAUUCAUCCUCAGACGACAGCACUCGUAAAAGAUGAACCUUCUCACAAUAUUCUCCGGUCUAGCCUUAGCCAGCGCACCCCUCUCCAAGAAACAGAGACAAGCUCGGAUGGCCUACCCUCUUCCACACGAGCCCAUUGGAUGCGAGUAGCGAGUUCAGCAAACCUCGCCAUCUCGGCUUGCCCCUUUGCACCAUACGGAACUGCUGUAGUUAAUCACACGCUUUCACUAUCCAACUCUAGCCACCCAGGAGAAUUGAUAUGUACGGGAGUCAAUGACAACCAUCAUACUGGCAAUCCCAUACUACAUGGAGAGAUGGCAGCUUUUGUGAACUGUAGCAACAUCUUGACUGAUGCUACGGGAAAAUAUCAACUUUCUGCUACAGAAGCACGAGAGGCUUGGAAGGAAUUUUCACUGUAUACUACUGCUGAGCCGUGUCCGAUGUGUGCUGGGGCAAUUGCUUGGGCUGGAUUGAGAGAAGUGGUGUAUGGAACUAGUAUACAACGAUUGAUUGAGCUAGGUUGGCCGCAGAUUGAGAUUGGCAGUCAAGAAGUUAUGGAUAGGGCUUGGAGGCUAAGUGGUAAGACGGAGGUUGUGGAAGGUGUACUUCGAGAAGAGAUGGACAGGUGGUUUGGAUGGCAGUUUAGAGAUGGAGUAUGUCCUGAGGGAUGCAAGAGGAGGGGUGGUGGUUGCUUGCCAGACGAGUAG